AGAGAUUUCUGUAAACAGUUGCAGUGACAGUGACAGUGGUAGAUUGCUGAUCGAUACUGACGCUGUUAAUGAAUCUUGGUGGCUCCUUAGGAUGAGGAUAGGACGGUCGUGCUGGGUGCUGCUGACGGUCGCACUGCUGUCCCCGAUCUGUGCCGAGAAGGACGCCGGCGAUGUAAACGUCGACGAUGGCGAGAAAGCGCAGGAGAAGAUAUCGGCGUCGCUCAGGCUCGUCGGCGAGGACGGCAAAAACAAAACGAGCAAAGUUCAAGAAGCGGUAACACCGAGAACGCGCGCGACUCCGCCGCAGAAGCUGGCGCGGUUGAUUUCCGCGAGAACGUCCAGCAACGAUUCCGCCAGCGCGACUUCCACCACGCCGCUUCCCGUCGACGGAAACAACAGAAGAGAGAAUGGGAGCAGGGAGCUGACGCUGCCGAGCAACGCGGACGUGAUGACGAUGAGGUUCGUAUCCGAGGAUUCCGAGGAUUCGGACGAGGACGAGCGGGAUGACGAGACUCCCGAGGCAUUACCCGAGGCGCAGGAAUUGCGACUGAUAAGAACUGGCGAUCGACGACGACCCGUCCACAUCAAGUCGUCGCGACCCCUGAGGCCGUCCGCGACAAACAGAAGAAACGUUUACGCAGUUCCGUUGCGGCCGCCCGUCAUGCGACCGUCUAAACGGCCGAGCGAACCGAAAAGGAAGCCCACGGAAAACGAAUGCACUUUCUUCACGAAGACAGUGUGUCUCGAGGCCAACGAUUAUCCGCACGAGGCGAUAAUGAGGAGUUUAAGAUCCAACAAGGAAAUGGUAGCGGCACUGCUCACGGAUUACAAGGCGCAGGAAGAUGCGGGAAGUGCCGAGGAAAAAUUGCCCGUACCUUUGCCGUUGGAGACCAAAUACGAGAAUCGCUACGAAAACAGAUACGAGAGUAACGAAAUCAAAAGAAGAUCCGACAAUCCCUUCGACAACGUGGAAGAGGGUUUCACCUGUCCGUCAACUGUCAAAUACGCCCGCCCGCAAUUGGCGAGAGCCGCUUCCGGUGUCUGGAAGUAUAUAAUAAAUACAGGUGAACACACCCAGACGAUACGACUCGAAAAAUGCUCCAAUCCGCAAUCAAGCUGCUCGUUCAUUUCCGAGAACUAUCGUUCCUCCUGCGUGCAAAUUUACAACUAUCACCGGCUGCUGACGUGGGAUCAGAAACUGGGACUGCACAUGGACAUAUUCAAGGUGCCGACCUGCUGCAGCUGCCACGUGCACGGCUACUCCGAGAUCUUUCCGCCGCAUCAGAAGGAUCCCCCGCCGAAGAAGAAGGAGACGUUCCCGGGCGCGGACUUCGCUACGAUCAACGAUCAGAAGGACGACUUCCAGGACAUAAACAAGCCCAAUGGUCUCAAUCAAGUCAGCAAGUUUCCUAAUCCCAUCUCGAGUUUCGAUUCCAUCCUCGGUACGUCCUUGAUUAUCACUCGUUCACCAGUCGACUACGAUCUCGGUGAACACGUCCCGUUUGCCACAGGAUCCAGCAACAAGAAGCCGGUGCUGGAGGUCAGUCCGACGAACAGGCCCAGCUUCACCAUUCCCAACAGAAACAGACACAAGAAGCCCGCGCCUAUCCCGAGGCCGUACGACAAAUUGCCGCAGCAGCACGCGCCCAACACGCGAGCACCGGGUUACAAAGGACCGUUGACGAAGGGGACUAGACCGAACCGACUCAACAGGCCGCCCUUUAGACGGGAGUCCACCUCCCACGUUGAGGAUUACACGGAGACUCCCAUGAACAGCUCCGUCACCAUUCGUUACAGUCAGCCGUACGAUCAGGACGUGGACGCUACGUCGAGACUGCAGAACGGCGGCUUCGACGACGAAUACCAGGAGCCGCAGAAGAGAAUUAAUUACAGCUAUCAUCCCAUCAUUGACUUCUUCAAACCGGAAGCGUCCAUGCUGCAAUCGGAGACGCAAUCCGCCGCGCAGAUUCAGAACGACAAUAACGCGUGGAAGCCGAUGAUAUCUUAAAUUGUAGUGUUCUUUCCUCGGAGUACCUGAUAUCUUUAUAAUAAUUUUCAAAUUAUAAAAAAAAAAAAAUUUUAUAUAGAUAGAGAUGUUUCAUACAGAUAUAUGUACUUAGAUAUAGUUUACUGUCACACAACACACACACACACACAACAACAACACACACACACACACACACACAAAUUUUAUAUCGUGCUAAAGAAUUAAUAGGCGUAGAAAAAUUUGUGUAUAAAUUUUUUUCUUUUGACGCUCAAUCGACCGGAUAUCUGAAACCUAUGAACGGGUUUCGUUUGUCAACCGGCAGUCUAUUAAUCGGCUUUCUUUUGCUGCCAGCGUUUAUCGAUCGGAAGCGGCUUUUAGCGGCUACCGAGCCGCAAGAGUGAGUGAGCUUUGAUGUUUACGCGAAUUGGAGAUUCCACUCUCGAGACGGUCGAUUAAGUGUUAAAAACACGGAGUUCAAAGUAAAUAUUAAUAAAUCUGUAGUUGUAAUCAUUCAGUAGAGGAUAUUACGGCCACAACGGGCAGAUGCAAUGAUCUUUUUUUUUCUUUUUUUCAUUUGAAUAAAUUCACUUUGACUUGUACUAUUUAUUAAUCGUUAUCUCCCUAUGCGUUAUUUAUGUACGUUUGUUUUAUAUCAAUAAAAUGAGAUAGAGAUAUAUAUAUAUAUAGAGCGAGAGAAAGAGACAGUGUUUCUUUUACUUACUUUACAACCGUAGUUGGUUUCACUUCCUGGUUAACGAGAGAAUGACACGUUCUCGUUUCCGAUGUGUUCACUAGUAAGAAUAUCUUCGUGUAUUUCACGCCAUUUUCACUAAUUUCACUUUAAACGCGAUAAACACGUAAUGAAAACGUAAAACUCUACCGUUCUUGCUCUCCCUCGAACUCCGACUUUGUUUCGCGCGAAUUUGGCACCGCUCGGAUAAAGGCUGCCAAUCUAAAGCGAACAUCCCGAUAUUGCUCACCUGACUGCGUUCAGAAACAAGCUCAUGUAGCCAAUCGAAUAAGAUUGGCUCUCUCUUUUAAAAACAAGGCUGUGUUCAGACGUGUGAGAAAUAAAAAUUGCGUUCUUUUACCAGGAUUCUCACACAUGCGUGUCGAAGGUGUAUUAAAAUCCGGCCUAUU